GGCCACACAUGAUGUUUUCCAGUUCAUCCGUACAUGAGACACAUCGUAUGUACCGUGUAUGUUCUGUACCCGUACACAGAGCAUUAUUCGGGGCCUUACCUUCGAUAUGGCUUACCAUUUCAUUUCAUAUCUUUCUUCCCUUUUCGCGUCGAAAUCAAACUAAUCAAGAGCGUUUGCUCCCCAGUUGCUGCGUCUGCAGGACUCAAACGUAACGUGCAUUUCUUUUGUUAACGCACGCCGACGUUUCACGAGUGGAUCGUCUGAGACACACCCUGACGCCAUUGUUGAGCACUUUCUCAGUGUUGGUUGUUUUCCAGAUAAGAAAGGAGCAAGACAGAGAGGCAAAACACUUAGGCUGGUGCUUUUGACUUGAGGCCUUGAAGGUGGUGUGCACAAAACGACAGUACCCGAGCAUCUUUUCUCGGCGUCUCGCUGGCCCUUGUACAUUCGGCUGUCAUUGUUUAGCUUUUUGGUAUUCCCAGCUUUCAGCUCAGCUGUACUCACGACGCGAGGGUGAAAGCUGUGCAACCAGCGGAAACAAUUUCGGGAUUUCUAGGAAACUGAUUCGACCUAGAAGUGUAUUGUCUCAGAGUAAGAGACACAGCUCGAGGCGUUUCUGCGCGUAUCCCCGGAUUCGGUUUUCCGUUCGGUCACCUCGAAUUGAGGGUUUUUGUCUCUCGUUUCCUGGCGCUACCCUUUUCUCCACAAUUAACGAGCUAGCCGGACACAUGCCCCAAAGGAAGCGUCAGUUUGCCUGCUUUCCCCCGCGUUUCCUCCCGUCUCUUCCGAGUUGUCCUGGCGCCUGCAGAGAUCGGUUUGCGUCUUGCUCGUCCUUGAAAACUCCGUUGCCCUCAAGUGGCCCCACCGUUCUUCGUGAUUUGUCUUUGCUGAUUCGGAAGAGUGAACUGGGGUCUGUUUAUGCUUGCGCCUGAGACAGAUCCUUGUCUGCAUAUGUUUCCGUGUAACAGCAGACGCUCAAACCCUACAACCCUGACACGCUCAAGGUCUCCGCAGUUGCAAAGCAUCUCGUGAGCUUCGUAGAAGUCCAAUGCUUUGCCCUCUUUCCUUCUGUCACAAUUCCAGGGUCCGUGUUUUCUGUCUACCCCAUUUGGGAACGACUUCCUCGUCCUCAGUGUCUGUCGCUGGUUAGUAAGGCCCGGCCCUGGCGUUUGCGCUCCCAUUCGAUUUCCGUGACAUUCAGUCUCCCCCAACGUUCUCUUCUUUUUCCUCUUAUCUAGCCUUCGCUUUCCUUCCCUCAUCCCCGUGUGCUUCGCUGGCGCCUGUCUCGUCUCUUUCUCAUGCCAACCUUCUGUUUCCUGUCUUCACUGCCCUUCCACUUCUCGCUUUCCUCCGCGUUUCCUCCACCCCUCCAUCGCGGGUUCAUUUCCUUUGUCUCCUUUGGUUCCGUUCGUCCCUUUUUUCCCCCGGUUCGUCCAUCGAGCAAUGGCGAGCGUAUCUACAGCUCGGGCGUCUGGACCUUCGGGGAGUGCCGCGAGCGCAGGGCCAACUGGCCCCCCUGCGGGCUCCGCUGCUAUGGGGGGUAGCGUCUUUUCGCCGUCUGCGCCUCUUGCUGGAUUUCUGGAAAACUUCGCUGCUUUUCGGCCGUCUAGUGGAGACAACGACGACAGCGAUGAACCAGGGAUGCGCGCUGGAGGAGGUUGUACAAUGCGCGAGUGGACCGAAAGGAUGGCCGAGGUCGAGGUGUACGAGCGAGAUUUGCAUCGUUUGAUUUUAAAUUUUUUCACAGUCAAUGGAUUUGGAGAGGCGGCUGCCGAGUUCGCGCAGGAAACCGGGCUGCAGCCAGACAUGCCGCUGGCGUCGAUAACGAGAAGAUCUCAGAUUCGCGAAGCUGUUCUCGAAGGUCGCAUGGAGGAAGCGCUGAGGCUCAUCGACCUCGUCGACCCUCAGAUCCUCGCGUCCAAUCCAGAAGUGAAUUUUCUUCUCAAGCAGCAGCAACUUCUCUCCCUCAUCGAACGUGGCGACACAUUCGCGGCAAUCGACUUUGCUCAGCUGGAACUGGCGCCUUGCGUCAGACAACAUCCCGAUCUGCUGCCGAAGCUCGAAGAAGCCAUGGCGCUUCUCGCGUUCAGCGACCUGAAGUGUGAAGAAGCGCAACGCCUCCUGGGAGGCAUGGAUCAGAGACAGCAGACAGCUCGGCGGACGGAUGAAGCAAUUCUCGAUUUCUUCAACCUCGAACAAGAAUCUGCUCUCGAGCACAUUGCCAAGAACGCAUUGUGGAGUCAGGAGCAAGUCCGGAAAAAGAAGCCGCUGUCGUGUCCAGCGCUGCUGAACUUGGCUACAGGGGCCAUGUCGCUGGAUGGAUCUGGGGAGGGAAGCGAGAGAGAAGACCCGCCAGUCCCGCUGCCUUCCUGCAGCCACCCUGGUUUCGCGUGUAACGCUGGCGAUUUGGGGGGCUCGGGAGGAGUCGCCUUCGCACGGCGGCAUAGUCUCCGUCCUAGAGACACAGGCCUUGCAGAAGAACACGAAAGAGAGGCUGCGGGGACUGGUCCCUCGUUUGCUUCUGGGCGAAGCCGGGUGGCCGCCAGCCAAGAGCGGGAGACCGGCGGCGCCCUGAGCGCCUUGGGUGCCGGUGGAGGCGUGGGAGGCCCGGACCCCGAGGGGCCAGGAGCCUCAGGAGGCGCGACCGCGGUCGCGGGGCCCUGGCCUCACGGGGUCGGGGCCGCGGGAAGGUCGGGCGAAGGCCCCGAGGGCUCUGGCGCCUCAGCCCGCCUCACCUUCCGCAGUGGCCUCUCUGCUUCUGUGGCCUCUCUGGGCCGAGGGUAUCAAGGGGAACGCAGUGCCGGUGGCGGCCGGCGACAGGGAGACAGGGGCAGACGAAGAGAAGGCUGAGGCCAAGGGAGACACAGGCCAAGGGAGACAGACAGAAGAAGGUGACGGCAGAGAAAGGGAGGCACCGGUGGAGAAACCCAGAUAAAGAAAGAGAAAGAGGGAGGGAGAGAAUCGAAGGCGAACAAGUGAGGGGAGAAGGAAACGGGAGUGGAUAUGAGAGGAGAAAAAAGAGAUACUGGAAGCAAACGCGUGUGGUGAAGAAACGGGUGAGGAAAAAUGGGACAGGGGAAAGCAGGGUCUCUUAUUGGAGGUUAAAAAUGCUAAACCCUAAACUGGUAAAAAAUGGUUCGAUGGAGGAUCUUUGAAUCGCGCUCGUUGGUCUGUUCCGACGUUGUGUCGGGGCCUCUACAUUUGUUUUGGUUGUUACCACAAGAGAAAGCUGGAUCGGGACCUGGGACUUGGAUGACGCCUAACUGAUUUCCUGUGAAAACGGAUGUGAAAAAGACAAGGUGUCGUGGAUGAACUUCCUUUUCGUGCCGCAGUUUUGAAGCGCCGGCGCCGGCAUGUUUUCCUGUUCGUUCUAGCCCGUCCAGGAGUCCCUAGCGAGCACCGUUUGCCUCUAGAGUAGGUGACGGUGCGAAUCUCCUUGCAUUUGAAAACCCCCACCCUGUUUGGCCCAAAUAAAAAUGACUCAGUGACCAUGAGGACAGCACAUGUGUCAUGCUGUUCCACACCGACGGAAUGUCUGUUUAUCGGUUGUCGAGAUGCACUUUCGUGUGAGGUUCUGCCCGAGAAUUCGAAGCUGAAGUUCAAAACAGCGUGUGCGUCGCGGUGCCCGCUGAAUGCGUUAUGCCGCUUGAGUCCUCACCACGCCGGCUGCUGUCCGGUACUGACAGACACAGCAACUUGCAGACGCUUCUCUCGGACUCCGAAUGUCUUCUUGAUUUUUCUAUUCGACAGCACCGUGUUCAGGUGCUGUCACCACCGGAUGACACCGGCAUGGUACAGCUACAGUUGUAUCGCACUGUUGGACUCCACAGAGCUUGUCGCAAAAGGACCUUCCCACCUCAGAGGGACGAGUCUGGCUAUGAGGGCUGGAUGGGCCUCGGUUAUGUUGUACGCAGACUCUGUAUGAACUCCCGCGUCCUCGCGUCUUGACAGCGAGGGAAACGACUCCUCAAACAGUGCGACUAUGCUCGGC